AUGUCUCUACCCGUGCUCUCACGGCCUGUAGCCGACCCGCCCACGGGCGCACUGCCGCCUAUUCCGAUGAACAAACCUCCCAGAAAGAGCUUGGGUCAAACGCCCUCACGACUGAAGCUACCUUCCAGACCUUCCGCACUUCAGACAUCACAACCUGUUCAGUCAGCUCCCAACUUGUCACCCGAGAGAGCUUCGGGAGCAUCUGUAACCAGGGGAGUACGGAAGGUUGUCAGCAUUGGCUCAUUCCCACAACCACCGACUGUGAACUCGCGGCCACCAACCUCGGCCUCAAUGGCCUCCAGUACAUCUAUCAAGAAGAGGACUUCAGACGGCGGGCAUAGCAUACAAGCACCCUCCGGAAGGUCGAAAAAGUCCCCCAGGAACAGCACAGCCCCGAGUUUCCGCACAUCUCAAACGCCCAGUCUCCUAAAUUCAGCUGGCGACGGAAUGACAGUGUCCGCUCGAUACAACAAGAGGACAUCCGACGCGCAGUCUAGCGUCCACUCUCCCCCUCAGAGUCGCAGCUCUUCCGCCAACGGCUCUUAUUCGACGAGUGCCACCACAUUCGAAGAAGGUGACGAGGAUAGCCGAGGCCGGACGAAAGAGCUGGAGGAUGGCAGCGCCGACCCAAAGACUCUCUCCAAGGGGAAAGAAGUCAAAGGCAACGUUAUUGUCAGUGUCCGGGUCCGUCCUGACGUCGGUAAUCAGAACAACACUCAAACGGAAGGAGAGUGGAUGGUCGAUGGACGAAGAGGACUGGUAGCAUUCCGUGGAAAGGAGGGCGGCGAUUACCACCUUGACAACGUCUUCACCACGCACGAUGACAACGCCAAAGUUUAUGAUUCCGCAGCGAAACGGUUGGUUCGUCGAGUGAUGGAAGGCUAUCAUGGAACAGUUUUCGCCUACGGCAUGACAGGAACGGGAAAGACGUUUUCUAUGCAGGGAACCAUGAGCAGCCCUGGUGUGAUUCCGCUUGCCAUUACCGAUAUCUUCUCCUACAUCAGGGAAACCCCACACCGGGAAUUCCUCCUGAGAGUCAGCUACCUCGAGAUCUAUAACGAGAAGAUCCACGACUUGCUGGCUUUGCCCGCAGGUGGAGUGGUUGGGCAGCAGCAAGAGGAAAUCAAAUUGCGUGAAGACAGCAAACGAGGGGUCUACGCUUCUCCGCUAAAGGAGGAGAUCGUUCAGAGUCCCACACAGCUGUUGCGGGUCAUACACCGCGGCGAUCAAGCUCGUCGCACUGGUAGCACUCAAUUCAACUCACGGAGCUCCCGAAGUCAUGCUGUUGUGCAGAUCGUGGUCGAAAGCCGUGAGCGCAUCCCCGGAUCUGGCUCACUGCAGGAGAAUGGGAAGCGAGUAGCCAUGCUUCCCGGUGGUGUUCGUGUUUCAACCUUGAGUCUGAUCGACUUGGCUGGAUCGGAAAGAGCCGCCGAGGACAAGGAACGUCGUGCCGAAGGUGCUCACAUCAACAAAUCUCUUCUCACUUUGGGCACCGUUAUUGCCAAGUUGUCGGGAACCCGCGAUAAGAAUGGCAACCUGUUGGACAAGGAUGGGAAGCACUUGCCUUACAGAGACAGCAAGCUUACUCGCUUGCUGCAGCCAGCAUUGUCCGGGAACUCGCUGGUCUCGAUCCUGUGCACAAUCCAAAUUGGAGCCGGUCUUGCCUCUGCCGGGAGUAAUCACAUUGGUGAGACCUUGAAUACCCUAAAAUUCGCUGCUCGAGCGAAAAACAACAUUGUGAGUCAUGCAAAGAAGGCCGUGGAGGAGCUCGGCAGUGUCAAUUCAGGCCUGCUUGAGCGUUAUCGGUCGGAGAUCGCAAGCCUGCGAGCACAGUUAGAAGGGCAACAGAAGUCGGCAGCGGAAAAAGAGGAACGGCAGUUGGAGAGAGAAGCCGAGCAACGUCAUGAAGAGCAGAUGCUGGAGAUGCAACUAGCGCGGACGGCUCUCAAGGAGCGCAUUGAACACCUCAACCGGCUCAUUUUGUGUUCCAAGUCGACUGGAGUCAACAGCGGAACAGUGUCAGCCAUGGGUAUGCACUCACGACUCUCGAACGGGACCGAGUUUGGGGCUCCCCGGUCUGUGCGGUCAUCAGCGAGUCAAUCCACGCUCGGCGUGGGACCCAGCCUUGGACGACAUCCUUCUGUUGCCUCGCUCAGUGGUGCAGCAUCUGCGUCGGCACAUCUCUCAUUCCAGGGCAUCCCUGAUGAGGAUGAAGAAGCUGGCGGAGAUUUUGGGGACGGUAGAGCCUCACUCCAAGCCCAGGUUCGAGCACUUCAGGCAGAUCUACAGGACAAGACGCGAUAUAUCUCGACUCUGGAGAAGAGACUCCUCCAAGCAAGGCGAUCAAGCCACUCGCGAGUCUCCAUGGCGUUUAACAAACCCACCGGCGACGACACGGAAAUGCAGAGACGGUUGGAAGAGAAGGAUGCCAUGAUUUCAGAUUUGCAGAAGACCGUCUCGGCGCUCCGAUCAGCUGUGCGGAAGCGUGAAAUUGCCGAGCUUACUCCGGAGAUGUCAUCCUCCGAGUUCAAACAAAACCGAGCGCAAGGGCAUCAAAGCAAUAGCAGCAACGGCAGUUCCCAUACGGGCUCGCAACUCAGUGGGCCGACACACCAAAUAUUGCCUGGAGGACCACGCUCGCCGCUGACAGCCAGCCCGUUAACGAUCCUUUCGCCUCAAAAGGCGAUGGACAAAAAGCGCAAGACGGUGGACGAAAUGUCCAGAAUGCUUGACGAGAUGAUUCAGGACAAGGUCGCGAGCGGCAAGCUGAACAACAGACGCUCUUCGUCGGUACGAGUGGCGUCGAGGGGAUCAUCAGCGCCCCGAAGACACUCUAGGAGGAUGUCCGUGGCCGCCAACAGUCCCACAACAGGUCCGGGGCUUGGGACUAUGGUGGCUUCCUUGCGGGAGCGCGACUCCGUGGUCGAGCCGAGUAGUCCCAGCUGA